AUGAAUACACGACCCAUCAUUGACGAGUCCCCUGCAUCCAUUGCUUUGUCUGCGGCCUUCAACAAUGAUGCAAGUUGUUUUGCUGUUGGCCUUGAGACAGGCUUCUGUGUGUUCAACUCCGAUCCAUGCGAGUUGAAAGCCUCCAGAGACCUUAAUGCCGGCAUUGGCACUGCGGAAAUGCUGGGGCGGUACAACUAUCUGGCACUCGUAGGAGGCGGAAAGAAUCCCAGGUGGCCACAAACAAAAGUCAUGAUAUGGGACGACGCGAAACAGAAGGUUGCGGUCACUCUUGAAUUGAAGACUGCAGUCCUCCGUGUCCGACUGACAAAAUCAUGGAUUGCGAUUGCGAUCCAAAAUAGCAUACACCUGUACAAAUUCUCCUCGCCUCCUGAACGAACAGCGAUCUUUGAAACUGCGGACAAUCCUUUGGGACUGUGCUGCCUAGGUGCGAGUGUGGUGGCAUUUCCAGGUCGCUCGCCGGGUAAAGUACAGUUGGUUGAGCUCGCAUCAGGCAAUGUUAGUAUCAUCCCGGCGCAUACCUCGGCUUUACGAGCCAUGGACUUGAGUGCAGAUGGACAGCUCCUCGCCACGGCCAGUGAGCAGGGCACCUUGAUCCGAGUGUUUUCGACAUCAAACUGUACCAAGAUUGCCGAAUUACGAAGGGGCGUAGACCCUGCCUACAUCUUCAGCAUUGCUAUUUCUCCGAAUUCAAGCAUGCUUGCGGUAACCUCUGACAAGUCGACUCUCCAUGUCUUUGAUCUCCCCAUAUCCUCAAUCCCACAGCCCGCAAGCCCGAGAAGCCCGCGCCGAUCACAAUCACCCCAUGUUCCAGGUGAUGAGGAAGGCUCAACGAACCAGAAAUGGGGUUUCUUGUCCAAGAUCCCGCUACUCCCACGUGUCUUUUCCGACAUCUACUCCUUUGCGUCUGCACAUUUCGAAAUGGGCGAUGAGAACGUAGGGAUUAACGGGUCAACCUUAUCUUACCUCCCUGCUCUGGGAUCGUUACCACAUCGGCCACAGAAAGGAAUUCUGGGAUGGAUUGACAAUGCGACUAUGAUCUGUAUCGGCACGGGCCGAGAUGCUCGAUGGGAACGUUUUAGAGUGGGUGAACGCCCUGGGAUCGCAGAUGAAGGUCAGAGAUCAGUCUGGAGAGACGGCUGGAGAAAGUAUCUCGGAAGCUGA